GCAGCAAGCUCUUCCUCUCAGUGGCCAUGACUGUUCUGCCAUUACUCCCCAUUCCCCUGGAGAGGGAAUCUUUUAGAUUCUUUGUUUCCUUUCUUGUGUGAUGAAAUCACACCACUCAUUUUUGCCCUUCUGUUUCUGUUUUCUCGCUCAGUGCCUGCAAGGACUGGAUUUUCUUCAUGCAAACGAUGUGAUCCAUCGAGACGUGAAGAGUGACAACAUCCUUCUCAGAACGGACGGUUCUGUCAAACUGGCUGAUUUUGGCCUCGCUACUCAGCUCACCCCUGAGCAGAGCAGACGGUGCUCGGUAACCGGGACUCCUUGGUGGAUGGCGCCUGAAGUGGUGACAGGUCAACCAUAUGGCCCCAAAGUGGACAUAUGGUCUUUUGGAAUUGUGGGAAUUGAAAUGAUAGAACAAGAACCUCCUUACUUGGGCGAAAGUUCUGGCACGGCUACAUACCUGAUAGCCACAGUAGGGACUCCACAGCUGCGGCAGCCCAAGCUCCUCUCGGCUUUGCUGCGUGACUUCCUGAGCUGCUGCCUGCAGACAGACGAGGAGCAGCGUUGGUCUGCCAAGGAGCUCCUGCAGUUGAAGAGUCAUCUGUCCGGGCUUCAAGGGUUAUGCUGGAGUAGUGAACUGAUUAGGAUGGGAGCAGAAGAGUUUCAGCAGGCAAUUUUUGGAAGAGAUGGAAGGCUCUUGUGACUGAAGGGAAAGCCAUUUGGAAUGGAGAAAUGAUCCCAAAGUCCAUCCAAUUGUAUCUUUGUGUCUGAAUUGAAAUCAGAAUGAUUAUAGAUAGCUUCAUGCAAUUUGUCUACAAAUUUAUCAAAGUCUUCAUUCUUUCUUUGACAAAUCUGUGUAAAAGACAUAGUGUGUAUCUUAUCUGGAAGUGCAAGAAAUGCAUUACAUGCUAGUUGUUGGCUCAUCUGUUAGACUUGCUCAAUGCUCCUAGCCUGGGCAGUGGCAGUAGCCCCGGGCCCUUUGCCAAGUAACUGUUGUGCUGUUAAACCAUACAGAGGAUCACCCUGCACUCUAGCUCUUGCAGCUUCUUGAGCACACUUUUCCUCCCAGCUUUUAUGAAACAUCACCUGCUGAUAGGGUGGCAUUCUAAGUCUUAUUAGGGUAUGCACAUCAGCUGGAAUUAAUGCGUUAGAUGGAAAAAUAUACUGCAGAAGUGACUGUGCAAGUUGGCAUUUUCAACCAAAUUGUGAAAAUGCAGCUCUCAUCUUUUCUAAAAUCUUCCAAUCGAAAGGUUCUCAAACUCUACUUGCAGCAUUAGUUACUACAAGAAAAGCUUCUACAUCAUUGGAGAGAAAAGUCCCUUCUACAAUAGCUUCUGCAAUAACUUUUUUCUACUUUUGUUUCUCUUUGGUGGAGAUAAAGCUUGGCCUGCAAUUCCUCAGAAAGGAUUAGGAGGACCAUGCUACUUUGGGAAAUUGACACUGUUUGCCCCUAGUAUUCAACAGAUGCUUGACAUCAGGCACAAAUUCCAACGUCCAAAAUGUAGUGAGCAUCUAUUAGGCUCAGACUGCAAGGAUAAUGUAGAAUUGUGGAAUUGGCCUUCGGUUAUCCUGGCAUCACUUUUUACACCAGGAUCAGCUUCAUCACAGGCCCUUACAUCAUUCAAACGAUUGGCUUGUUGGACAGGAAAACAAAUUAACAUUACAUCUGCAAUCCGGAAUGAGCUUUCCACUGAUGUAGGUAGCAUACACCACGCUGUGUUACAGGAUAGGACUGCUAUAAAUUUUUUGUUGCUAGCACAAGGAGAUGAGCGUGAAGAUUUUGAAGGGAUGUGUUGCAUGAAUCUCUCUGACCACUCUGGAUCUAUUGACAAGAAAUUGUCAUUGCUUAAGGAGAAUAUGAAAAAGCUCACAGUGGUUGAGAAUUCUUUUGAUGAGUGGCUAAAAUCCUGGGGAAUAACAGGCUGGCUCAAGGAUUUAGUACCCUUUGGCAUGAUGAUACUUUGUCUUCUUUUUUCAAUUCUGCUUGUAGUGCCUUGCUGUGCAGAAAAUAUUGAGCAUGCUUUUAAAUCAGUCUGGCUUGUGCAAAAACAAAACCGGGGAACUGUUGAGAGUUUUUUGCAGAUUGAGGAGUUCUUGCUAGACAAGGGCCAUAUUCAGCCGAUGCACAAUCCAACCUGCUUGUACUAAUGGACAAUGGACACAUUCACAAACAAUGGAUAAUGGACAUAUUCAGAAAUGGGGUUGGUAUAUCCUUGAGAAAAAUACAAGAAGAGUCAUCAGGACUCAGCAAGUUUGACAGCAAGCUUGGGAAAGAAGGAAAAAAUUGAACCAUGAGUGGGCCAGAAGACGACAGCAAGACGCGUGAAAAAUUAGGUGAUCCAAUCAGCAUUCUAAUUUAGAUGUGUAAACAACUAGGAUUAACCAAUCAUGUAUUAGCUAGAGACACGUGGACAGUAGAGAUUUAUUAUAAAUACAGUCUUUUUAGGGAUAAUAAAUUUGG